AGAGGGGGUGAGGGAGAGAAGUGCUGCUGCUGCUGCUGAGUCUGCAGGCAUGAUGUCGACCCUGAAGCCGAAGCAUCGCCCCUUCUGCUUCAGCGUAAAAGGCCACGUGAAGAUGCUGCGGAUGUUGUUCUCAUUUUAAUCUCAAUAUGGGAACUGGAAGAAGAGAUGUGGGAACUCUGUGCCCAGCGCUCCCAUACGGUCGUUUCCAAGUCAGCACUGAUCCUGAUCUGACUGGGUUUUCCUCCUCCUGGGCCUGGGUGGCAAAGAAGAAUGCACCCGGACCGCCCUAAAUGGUCUCCAGAGUCCCCUUCCUGGCUGGCUGGCAGCACGGAGGGAUGGAGUUGCAGGAAUAAUGAGUUCCCAGGCUAGGCAGUGGCAUCUCAUCCCAAAUGGCGACAAGGGUGGCUGGAGGGCCUGGUUUGUCCGCGGGCAACGAGUGCUGGGUGCGCGCGAGGGACAGGAGGCCAGCAGCCGUUGGGGCACGCCGCUGGUUCCCAGGGUAUAGCCUGCCGGCGGCGGCAACCUCAAAACGGCAGGGCCAGCCAGGCCCCGGGGCCCACCAGGACCCCCACCGGGAGCAUGCAACAGCAGCAGCGUCCCGCACGCCCAGGGGCUGCCGCAGCUCCGGGGACACCCUCACGCUCAGCUCCCGCACGCCCACGGGCUGCCGCAGCACCGGGGACACCCUCACGCUCAGGGCCGUCUGCGCAACCCAGGAACUUAGCAUCCAGUGCGCCGCAAGGUGCAACCUCAAGGACACCCACCCAGGAGCCCAAGAGCGAAGUGGAGAAGGCCGCCAUCCAAAAGCGUGCUGAAGGACGGGCCCUAGUCCCGCUCCAAUUCAGGGACAGCUUCAAGCAUUUUUUCUUCUCGCCCACCGGAGUGUUGAAGAUCUUCAGGCUGGGUCUUCUCAUAGGAGCAUUAGUUUGUUUUGUCAUUGCCAAAGCCAAUGAGCCGUUUAUAGCCAUCACAGUUCUGGAAACCUGCAUCGUUCUUUUUUUUAUUCUAAUAUAUAUGCUAACCCUUCAGCACUUGCUGGUUAAUUUAGAUUGGCCCUUACUUGAUCUUGUCAACAGUUUUAUUACAGCUGUGUUCCUUUUAAUAGUUGCCAUCUUGGCAAUGCAAGAAAUGGAAAGAAGGCACUUAUUCUACGUUGGAGGGACCCAGUGUCUCACAGCGGCAGUCGUGUGUAUCCUGGAUGGGAUUAUGGUCACCAAGAAGAUAAGGGAUAAAAUGAGAAGAAUUCUGGGACUCGAAUAUGAAAGCAGUUCCUCCCUGCUCCUGGAGCCCAAGAAGUCAGGACCCACGCUGGCGCCCGGGAAAGCGGGCACGCCGGGAUCCUCCAAACCACCCACGCCGGCAGCCUCAAAAGCUCCCGUGGCGGCACCCGCGAAGGCACCUGCGAAAGCACCCACACAGGCCCCCACGUCGGAUGCCUGGCGCACCUCCACCCAGGGAUCCUCGAAGGCAUCCUCACCGGCAUCCUAGCUGCCACCCUCGCGGACAGGAGCGUCUGUGCCUCGUCCCUCCCGCUAAUCCCUCCACUGAGCUUGCAUGCUGUCACCUGUCCGGCCCACACGCGAUCAUAAAAUCAGGGCUGCUAAAUCGGGAACAUUUCUGCUUCCUCGUGUUGCCUUGUGUAAAAGUCGAGCUACCUUUUUCCGCGGCCGCUGCGCCC